AUGGGGCCAUUCUCAAAAUCUAAUGGGUUUGUAUACAUUUUUCUAGAUGUGGAUUACGUCUCAAAAUGGGUGGAAGCAAUUCCUACCCGUUGUGAUGAUGCUAAUAUUGUUGCUUCAUUUUUAAGAAACAAUAUCAUUUGUAAAUUUGGGUCGCCACGAGCGAUCGUGAGCGACAAAGGAAUCCAUUUUUGCAACAGGAAAAUUGAGGUGUUGAUGAAAAAGUAUGAGGUUCUUCACAAAGUUUUCACAGCCUAUCACCCCCAAACUAAUAGGCAAGUGGAAGUCUCCAACAGGGAGAUCAAAAGAAUCUUGGAGAAAGUGGUCAACCCACAUAAAAAGGGUUGGAGUUCCAGAUUGGGAGAUGCAUUAUGGGCAUUUAGGACUGCCUACAAGAACCCAAUUAGAAUAAGCCCCUUCCGCAUUGUCUUUGGGAAGCCUUGUCAUCUUCCAGUUGAAAUCCAACACAAGGCAUAUUGGGCGGUGAAGCUUUGCAAUCCGGAUUUAAAGGGAGCGGGAAUAGAAUGCAAGCUCCAAUUGGAGGAGUUAGAAUGUCUUAGGCUAGAAGCAUAUGAGAAUUCUAAGUUUUAUAAGGAAAAGGCCAAGACAUUCCAUGACCAAAAUAUUUGGAGGAAGAGCAUUAAGAUAGGUGAUGAGGUGCUUCUAUACAACUCAAGGUUGUGGUUGAUGCCCGAAAAGUUGAGAUCUAGAUGGGAUGGACCAUUCAAGGUGGUGGAUGUCAAGCCUUAUAGGGUGGUUGAAGUGGUGCACCCUAUCAAUGGAACUACAUUCAAAAUCAACGAUCAUAGGGUGAAACCUUACCACGCACAACCCAAGCAUGCAAAGGAGUUGGAGAUUUUCCUCCUUGGAGAGGAUCCAAAUAAUCAAUUAACUCAUGCAAGUGGAACUUAG